UUUAGCUCCGCCUCCACUCCGCCGCGCACGGAGUUGGGCAUCGUGUUUUCCCUCAAACUUAACUUCUGUUUAAAAUUAACACACACAUUUUGAUGUCGUGAUGUGGACCUGAUAAAAAGAAGCAUCGUUCGCUAUGACUGUGGAUGUCGAGGUGGCCUCAGAUGGACUGAGUUAAACCUGUCAGAUGAUGGAGGGAGCUGUAUUCAGAAGAGGAUGGAGUACAAAAGCCCGCAUUGGCACACUGCUGCUCCUCAUGCAGUGCAUGAUCAUCCGCACAUCGACAUUAUUGCAGUCUGUAGAGGAGCAGUCGUGUCCACAUGGGGACUAUCUGUCUGAAACUGGAAUUUGUUGCAACAAAUGCCCACAAGGUUUUAAGCUUUUAGAAGAGUGCCACGCUGUGGGUCACAGGAGUAACUGCACACCUUGUCCUGCUGGAGAAUACACAGAUCAGAUUAAUUUUUCUUCCACCUGUAGACGCUGUCGACGCUGCAAAAAGAAUGAAGUUGAGGAGAAACCAUGUGAACGACAACAGAACAGGGAAUGUCGCUGUAUCGAAGGUUACUACAAAAGCAAGAUCGAUUCAGGAACGUAUGAGUGUCUGAAAUGUAAAGUAUGUAAAGAUGGAGAAAGACAAAGCCAAAAAUGUACAUCAGAUCAAAACUCUGAGUGCGAGUGUGAGAAGGAUUACUACAGAGUGAAAAGCAACUGUCUACCAUGCGAGAGUUGUACAACUGAGUGCAAACGUCUUUGUGGAGUGGUUCCUUCUAAGAUUAAGACUACAGAAGCUCCUGAAUGUGGAAAUGAGUUUUUAAUGAACCGAAUCCUUGGAGUUGGAGUGGCGGCAGUGGUCGCAUUGGUGCUGGUAGGUCUCAUCACCUAUGUAGCAACAAAACGUUACACCAAGAAGAAGCUGCGUCAGGCGUCCCCACAGCCAGCUGACUCGGAAUCAUCCUCAGAAGCUUGUGAGAUUCUGAUCACAUGUCAAGAAGAAGUUUCAUACAACCUCAACAGUAAGGCUGUUCUCCAAAGUAAUAUCAGCGACCCUGAGUCAUCCAAUUUGCCCGACUGUGUCCCUGUGGAACCCCAGACUCAGCCUGUGAACGCACACCCAAUCACUGUGCCUAGCCUGAUCUACACCGUGCUAGAUCUGGUCCCCGUGCUGCAGGUGAAGCAGCUGGUGCGCUCGCUCGGUGUGACGGAUAAAGAGAUCGAACGAGCGGAGGCCGAUCAUCGUUCUUGCCAGGAGGCUCACUACCAGAUGCUGAGGGCGUGGGCAGAGAGAGGGUCACAUGGCGGGGGAGGACAAAAUGGAAUCCCAUACGAGCCCCUGUUGCUGGAGUUGUUAGAUACACUGCGGAUGAUCCACUUGGAAAGGGCAGCAGAGCAGCUAGAGACAAAGUAUAGCAUUCAGUAGUAGUGUAUAGUUUGCCAAGUGGAACAAGAAGCUCAUGAAACCAAGUAUUGUUCUCUGUAGAGAGUCACUCACAGACAUCCUCAAAGCACACAUUAACCAGAGGAAUGAGGUGCUGCAGCGGUGACCGGAGCAAAGUUAGAUUUUUGUGUAAUCAGAGUCACUGAUCACUCUACCUCUCGUCCUGCCCGUCACUCUCCAAGAUGAUGGGAUCAGACUACUGAGAGCGACUGUUCAAAUGGUUCAGAGAGCACAAAACUAAGAAUGACAUUGUGAUGAUCAAACUGGCUUGUUGUGAAGAAGCUUUAAUGUUUUGUUGUAGAUCGUUUUGUAUCUUUACUUGGCUCAAGAAGCCUUCUACAUUAUGUUCUGGACUAAACGUUUCCAUGGAUAUGGGGUGGGGCGGGUGGGGGAAGUAUUGUUUUUAUUUUUUUUAUGUUUCUGUGUUAUAGAGUGUUAAUUUGGGAAACAGCUUUUGUUUGUGGGAGAUUGUAGCUGACUACUUUAUGCCAAGCUAAUGUACUGUAUUUAUAUUUCCUAUAGUUUUAUCAGGAUUGUAUUAAAAAUCAAACAUUUUAUCAUUCAUUCUUCACUUUCAACAUCUUUGUUAUUGGGUGUUAACAACCACUGUGGUUACUCUACUUAUCACAAAAAGUCACUUGAAAAUAGUUUAAAUCCCUUCCAUUUGUUGUUGUUUAAUAGAGGCAAGCAUAGAUGAUUGUGUUGCCCACCAUGAAUUGAAUAGGUUAUGCUUUAAAUGUGUGGUGACUUGUUUAAGUUCCUGUUGUUUUUAGGGAAGUGUGUUGUUCCCCAUCAGACCACUGGCUUUUCAAAUUUGCAUUCUUUAAAGCCCCAUCAUCAUAAGAGCAUUAAUCAUCCUCUUUGGAUAAACAGGUCACACCUCAAUUCAGUCUGUCAGCCAAGAAACUCUCAUAAUGCCAGUCUCAGCAUGUCGAGGUAGAUAUAGUCAAAAAGAACAAAGAGCGACAAAAACAGGAUUCCCAAAGCACCUUUCAGACUGAGAAUGUUUUAUAAUGUAUAAUGAUGUACUAUAGUUUAAUGAAAUCUGAAUGUUGAUUGAAGGAUAAUGUUGGACAGCAGCUACAAUUGUUAUUGACUUUACAAGUUUCAAUAAAUGUCAUUCAUACUGU